AGGAAGGGUUUGAAAAUGCUGCUCCAGUUUCUCCUUGUCCUCUGGGAGUCCUUGUCCCUGCAGGUCGUUCUGGUGUUUCUGGCUACAUUUCUACUACUUUCUGGUUACAAGAGUCGCCCAAAGGAUUUCCCUCCAGGGCCCAUAGCUCUUCCCUUGCUGGGCAAUGCACUCAGUUUGGAUUUGAAGAAGACUCAUCUUUCAGUACAAAAGCUUUCAGAAAAAUAUGGCAAUGUCAUCAGCCUUCAGUUUGGAAAUCUGUGGUUUGUAAUUGUGAAUGGAUUGCACCUGGUGAAGGAGGUUCUUGUCCAUCAGGGUGAAAACUUUGUCGAUCGUCCAAGCGUUCCUCUUGAUGAUGAAGUCUUUAAGAAGCUUGGAUUGCUCUUCUCUAAUGGCCCUGGUUGGAAACAACAAAGACGAUUUGCCUUAUCAACUCUCAGAAACUUUGGUUUGGGCAAAAGGUCUUUAGAAGAACGAAUACAGGAGGAGAGCCGAUACCUAACAGAUGCAAUUGAAGCUGAGAAUGGGCAGCCAUUUAACCCUCACUUUCAGAUUAAUAAUGCUGUUUCAAAUAUCAUUUGUUCUAUCACUUUUGGGAACCGCUUUGAAUACCAUGACAGUCGUUUCCAGAAGUUAUUGAAAUUGCUUGAUGAGGCAACGUACCUUCAAGGAAGUCGGGGUCAGCUGUACGAUCUCUUUCCCACUCUCAUGAAGCACCUGCCAGGAUCCCAUCAGACUAUUUUAAAAAACUGGGAGCAACUGAGAUCCUUUGUGAAAGAAAUCAUUGAAGAACACAAAAAAGACUGGAACCCAUCUGAACCCAGAGACUUCAUAGAUGCCUACCUAAAUGAAAUGGCCAAGGGGGAUGCUGCUCCCAGUUUCCAUGAAGAAAACCUCCUACAUUCUACACAGGAUCUGUUUUUUGCUGGAACGGAAACAACUUCUACAACCCUGCGUUGGGCUUUGCUGUACAUGGCCAUAUAUCCAGAAAUUCAAGCAAAAGUCCAAGCAGAAAUAGAUUCUGUGAUUGGCCAGUCUCGCCAGCCAGCAAUGGAUGACAGGGACAGCAUGCCCUAUACCAAUGCAGUUAUUCAUGAAGUUCAAAGAAUAAGCAACAUUGUACCUUUGAAUGUGCCCCGGAUGACAACUAAGGACACUAUAGUGGCUGGGUUUCGUGUGCCCAAGGGAACCAUAAUGCUUGCCAACUUGACCUCUUUGCACUUUGACAAGGAUGAAUGGGAAACACCCAAUGUGUUUAAUCCUGGCCAUUUCCUGGAGAACGGGCAGUUCAAGAAAAAGGAAGCAUUUUUGCCAUUCUCUGCAGGAAAGCGAGUUUGUCUUGGAGAGCAGUUGGCGAGGACCGAGCUCUUCAUUUUCUUCACUGCCCUAAUUCAGAAGUUCACUUUCCAGGCUCCAAAGAAUGAGACAUUAAGCCGUGAAUUUAGAAUGGGUCUGACAUUGUCUCCCCUGCCGUACUGCAUAUGUGCAUUCUCUCGCUAAGGGGACUUGCUUUAUGUCAUAGCCGUUUCUUUAAAAAAUAGGAUCAGUUUAUGGUGCAGGAACAGAUCUAUGCCACUUGGAAGCCCUCAAGAAGUGGCAAAGUGACUCCC